CUGUCUCAGUCUCUGUCUGUCUCUGUCUCACACACUUACAUGCACUCAAAUGUACACACAGAUUUCUCAUCAGGUAAAAAUCACUCUCUGUGUUCUUUUAAAAUCCCUCAGGAUUUAUAUUUUAUUGCUCCAUGUCUGCCUCCCUGAGGUUCUUGUAUAGACUCGUUAUUUCCCUCAGUAAAGAAGCUGUUUAGUUCGUCUUCGCCUGGUUUGCAAGAGCCCAAGGGAAGCAGUUCCUGCAGCCCAGCCUUCCACUCCCCUCUGCGUGAGUCUUGGCCGGGGCGGCAAGUCUGUCAAUCCCAGGGAGAGACAAGGCAGACAAAGGUUCAUUUGUAAAGAACCUCCUUCCAGCACCUCCUCUCUUCUCCUUCUGCCCAAACUCACCCAGUGAGUUGGAGCAUUUUAAAAGAUUCCUCUGCCAAGAAGACCACAAGGAAAGAAGAAAAGGGGCAGAAAGCCAAAAUGAAAUUUAUAGUACUUGUCACCAUUGGGCUAACCCUCCUGCUUGGAGUCCAAACCAUGCCUGCAAAUCGUCUCUCUUGCUACAGAAAGAUACUAAAAGAUCGCAACUGUCACAGCCUUCCAGAAGGAGUAGCUGACCUAACAAAGAUGGACGCAAACUUCCAGGAUCAUUUCUGGGAUGGAAAGGGAUGUGAGAUGAUCUGUUACUGCAACUUCAGCGAAUUGCUCUGCUGCCCAAAAGAUGUCUUCUUUGGACCAAAAAUCUCUUUUGUGAUUCCUUGCAACAGUCACUGAGAAUCUUCAUGUAUUCUGGAGAGCAUCACCGCCAAUUUCUCAGAAACUGCGCUAUAUCAGUGUAACUGCAUUUCUAGUUUCUAUCCAGUGCAAUAAAGCAGAUUCUAUAAAUUCUUACUUGUCUAAGACAAGUAGACUUGUGUUACAUAAGUAGUAAUAAAAAUUAAUUCAAUUUCAUUUUUCUCUGUGGACAUUGUUGGCACUUGUUAAAAAUAUUGGCUAGAAAAUUUUCAUCUAUGAGGUGUUAACUACAUCAAUAAAAGAAUUCUGUUCCCCAAA